AUGGGGGACGAGCAGUGGAUUCACUCGGAGCUGUACUCGAGAGACCAGCAGGCUGAAAUGUAUGGGCUCAUGGACACGCUCUUCAUGGGCUUCUAUGCGCUUGGGCUGUACAUCAGUGGCAUUCUAGGAGACAAGCAUGACCUACGACGCAUGAUCGCUGGCGGCAUGUGGGCCACUGCGGCUAUAGUAUUGCUAUUCGGACUGGGAGCAUUGGCGGAUAUCCACGCGCUGAGCUUUUAUGCGGUACUGUGGGGUCUCAACGGCCUCGUCCAGUCCAGCGGCUGGCCAGCCAACGUCGCUGUGAUGGGCAGGUGGUUCGACCAGAAAGAGCGCGGCGCUGUGCUCGGCGUCUGGAGCGGCAAUGCCUGUCUGGGCAACAUUGUGGGCACAGCUCUCGUGGCGCUUAUGUUUGCACUCGUGGACGAGACGGUGGCGUGGAAACUCGCUCUCGUUGUGGCUGCUGGUCUCGUGGCGUUCCACGGCCUCAUCAUCCACUUUUUCCUGUAUCCGGACCCAAAGGAUGUGCCGUAUCGCCAUGAAAGUCUUGAGGAGGCCCAGCCAGAAGGCAUUGGCUUCUUCAAGGCCUGGCGCAUUCCUGGAGUCUUGCCGUACGCCUUGUCGUAUGCUUGUCUCAAGUCAGUCAACUACGCGCUGUUCUUCUGGCUUCCGUUCUAUCUCACGGUGUCGCUUCACAUGGACAACUCCCAGGCUGGAUCGUUCUCGAUGUUGUACGACGCGGGGCAGAUUUUCGGAGGGUUUGUGGGUGGAAUUGUGUCGGAUAGAAUGGGCGUGCGGUCUCCUGUGGUCGUCACGAUGCUGCUCUUGUCCUGGUACGAAACCAUCACCUUGUACUUCAUGGACGGAGCUUCAUACGAUGCGACCGCGCUGUUGUUGCUGUCUUCUGGGUUCAUGCUCGGUGGCCCAGCUAACUUGAUCAGUACCGCUAUUUCCGCGGAUCUAGGCACCCACGAGAGCAUCCGAGGUGACGCAGAGGCACUUUCCACUGUCACGGGCAUCAUCGAUGGCACGGGAAGUAUCGGUGCGGCUUUGGUGCAAUACCUUGUGGGAUACUUGGCAAACUGCCAGUACGAACCGAAAGGCUGCGAUCCCAAGAGCCCUCGCUGUGUGCAGGUCUGCUCGUGGGGCCCAGUUUUCGUGCUGUUGGAGGUAGGUACGGUUCUGUCGUGCGUGUGCCUAGCGCAACUCCUCUAUCACGAACUGCUGCUCAUUCGUAGCCGACGUCGCUACUGCGCCCGCGAAAGCUAA